UGCCUUUGAACAACUCUCUCAAGAUCAACUGCCGCCACAUCUCAUUCCUUGCCCCGAAGCUGUUUCCUCUGGUUGUGCUGAGGAGUGAUGCCCAAAGCGCACCACUUUUCAAGAAUUGGAUCAUGAACAACUUUAUCCUCCUGGAAGAACGGCUCAUCAAGAAAUCCCAACAAAAGAGAAGAACUUCUCCCUCGAACUUUAAAGUCCGCUUCUUUGUUUUAACCAAAACCAGCCUGGCGUACUUUGAGGACCGCCACGGGAAAAAACGUACUUUGAAGGGCUCCAUUGAACUCUCCCGAAUCAAAUGUGUCGAGAUUGUGAAAAGUGACAUUAGCAUCCCUUGCCACUAUAAAUACCCAUUUCAGGUUGUACAUGACAACUACCUCCUGUAUGUGUUUGCUCCAGACCGCGAGAGCCGGCAGCGCUGGGUGCUGGCCCUUAAAGAAGAAACAAGGAAUAAUAACAGUUUGGUGCCCAAGUAUCAUCCUAAUUUCUGGAUGGACGGGAGGUGGAGGUGCUGCGCUCAGAUGGAGAAGCUUGCAGUGGGCUGUGCCCAGUACGAUCCAACCAAGAAUGCAUCAAAGAAGCCUCUUCCUCCUACUCCUGAAGACAACAGGCGACCACUUCAGGAAAAUGAAGAAACUCUGGUCAUCGCCUUGUAUGACUACCAACCAAAUGAUCCUCAGGAACUCACGCUACAGCGCAAUGAUGAGUACUACCUACUAGACAGUUCUGAGAUUCACUGGUGGAGAGUCCAAGACAGGAAUGGGCAUGAAGGAUAUGUACCAAGCAGUUAUCUGGUGGAAAAGUCUCCAAAUAACCUGGAAACCUUUGAGUGGUACAAUAGGGGUAUCAGCCGAGACAAAGCUGAAAAACUUCUUUUGGACACAGGCAAAGAAGGAGCCUUCAUGGUACGAGAUUCCAGGACUCCAGGAACGUACACCGUGUCUGUUUUCACCAAGGCCAUAGUAAGUGAGAACAACCCCUGUAUAAAGCACUAUCACAUCAAAGAAACAAAUGACAAUCCCAAGCGAUACUAUGUGGCUGAAAAGUAUGUGUUUGAAUCCAUCCCUCUUCUCAUCAAUUACCACCAGCACAACGGAGGAGGCCUGGUCACGCGACUUCGCUACCCGGUUUGUGCCUGGAGGCAGAAAGCCCCGGUGACAGCAGGGCUGAGAUAUGGGAAAUGGAUGAUUCAUCCCUCGGAGCUCACUUUUGUGCAGGAGGUUGGCAGCGGGCAGUUCGGCUUGGUGCACCUUGGCUACUGGCUCAACAAGGACAAGGUGGCCAUCAAAACCAUUCAGGAAGGAGCUAUGUCAGAAGAGGAUUUCAUAGAGGAGGCCGAAGUCAUGAUGAAACUCUCUCACCCCAAACUGGUCCAGCUCUAUGGGGUGUGCCUGGAGCAGGCCCCCAUCUGCCUGGUGUUUGAAUUCAUGGAGCACGGCUGCCUGUCAGACUACCUGCGCAACCAGCGUGGACUCUUUGCGGCGGAGACCCUGCUGGGCAUGUGCCUGGACGUGUGCGAGGGCAUGGCCUACCUGGAAGAGGCGUGUGUCAUCCACAGAGACCUGGCUGCCCGAAAUUGUUUAGUGGGAGAAAACCAAGUCAUCAAGGUGUCGGAUUUCGGAAUGACGAGGUUUGUCCUUGAUGAUCAAUACACCAGUUCUACAGGCACCAAAUUCCCAGUGAAGUGGGCAUCUCCGGAAGUCUUCUCUUUCAGUCGCUAUAGCAGCAAGUCAGAUGUGUGGUCCUUUGGUGUGCUGAUGUGGGAAGUCUUCAGCGAAGGCAAAAUCCCGUAUGAAAACCGAAGCAACUCUGAGGUGGUGGAAGACAUCACUACCGGGUUUCGGUUAUACAAGCCUCGGCUGGCCUCCUCGCAUAUCUACCAGAUCAUGAAUCAUUGCUGGAAAGAGAAACCAGAAGACCGGCCUUCUUUCUCCAGACUUUUGAGUCAACUGGUUGAAAUUGCAGAACCGUGACUUUAGCAGACUCAGCUGCAGAUCCUGAAUUGGGGAAGAAAGCCCUCCAUCCAUAGAGCAUUAAAAGUUGCCACCAGCCCAGGACUUCCCAGAGGCAGCUGGCCUGCAGCACCAGUCCCUGAGCUGCGCGGAUGCAGCACCCUGACAGGCUGACACUGGGUCACAUGCGGGAGGCUCAGCCAAUGACCUGGAAGCAGGGCCAGAGCAGCUUCCUGCAGACCCUCCACUCCUCUCACCCUGCUGUCUCCAGCCUCUUAUCUCGUGUGGCACACAAACCCCAAUCUGACAGCUUUCAGGCAACAUUUCUUGUACUUCUUAGAGAAAGGGAGAGACGGGGUAGGGCCCUGGAUUAUUAUUUUUACUUUUGUUUUAAACAUGGAUAUAAAGUUUAUGGUCAGGGGAAUUUUUAUUUGACCCAACAACACAGAAUCCCAGGAUAUGGGCAAGAGGAACAAGGAGCGUGACUCUUUUUCAAGGACAACUGUGAGUUAAUUAAGAUCAUAAGAGUAAGCUCUGCCGCUGUGAUGCUGUCAGCCACAGCUUCCUGCUGUAGAGGAUGAUGGAACAGCUGCUCACAUCAGCGGCCGGAUAUUCUGAGAAGCAGCUUUGUGAGGUUUUUCUCAGAGUACACUGCCCCCUCUCUCCUUGAAGGGAGCAUGAUGAACUCAGGUGAACAAUGUCAAUCCCAUGACUUGAGCGUCAGAUAUCUGGUGUGUGGGCAGAAAGAGGGCAUCUGAUGGUAGGGAACCGCCUGGUACAGAGAAAGGUCUUAGGUGGUUACCAUUCCGAUGCUCACCUUUAGUACCACGCCAGGCGGGUGUCUACGCCUCCCCUUCUGUAUAGGACGCUUCUGGAGGCAUCUAGUUGCUUCCGAGCCCUGACUCUGAAGACCUGUCAUCACCCACCCCACCUCCAGGAAUCAGUCCCCCCUCUCUGCACUCUUCCUCCCUCAUCAACAGAGGGCAGCAUUGUGCUGGGCAGGGCGACCUUGCACAGCAAUUGAAGCCUCCUGAAGCCCUAGAGCAUGGGUGUCCGAACUUUUUGCAACGUUUUUCACCGAGGGCCAUGUGCGGUAAAAUACACAAACAGCCGGGCCACUCACUCGAGGUGAAUUAAGUAUUGCCUCACCUGGUUUAUUUAAGUAAACUAAAUAUAUUUUUGGAAUUCGCUGCGGGCCAAUUAACAAUGGAUUGUGGGCCGCAGUUGGCCCGCGGGCCGCAGUUUAGACACCCCUGCCCUACAGAUUUGCAACUUCAAGGUUGAGACUUCAAGUUUCCCAAAAUUUGGGGUGAGGAAUAAGGGGUGUGUUCUUGCUCAAACAAUCUGGUUGGAAACUGAGUCAGGCACUGAGUGGGGUGCUUCUAAAUGCACAAGGAUGCCUACUGUUGAUUGAGCACUUAAAUACGCCAAGUGAAUAUUUGCUGAGCUGUAAGCCUUAUCUGCAGAAUCUCAGUUCACCUUGCAUUCACACCAACCCCAUGAGAUAGUCUUAUUAUUCCCAUUUUACAGAUAGUAAAACUGAGGCUUUAAAGAGCCAGGACACCUGCCAAAAGUGACAGAGCUAGGCAGUGUAGAACUGGAUUCUAGCCCACUAGAAUCUGACUCCAAUGCACAAUGUCUUUAUUCCUAUUCAACACUGCCUUGUGCUGAGAAUGAAAGGGACUGCAGAGGAGACAAAUACAGCAGAGGGGAAAGGCAGAGAAAGCCAACAAACACACCAACUUGGUGCCACCAGCAAGUGAAGCUACUCCCACUGAGAGCACUGUGGUUGGCGCUGUAGCUCUCCAACUUGGAAUAGGAUCUUACUCAUCUUUAGCCUCCCCUUUGUCAGAGUUAAUGAGCUUGGACCUACUCAGUUAAUUAACCCUUUGGUUCACCCAACCCACCAGAGCCAUGUCACAUGAAGCCAUUUAUAGGUGAGCUUCAAAGCAGCAUGGAAAAAUUCUCCUGCAGACGUAUAAAUGCCUCCUUUAAUUAUCAUUCCAACUUUGAGCCGGCUGCAGUCUUCUUGGACACUUGGUGGGGAAGAGUUUUCCCUGAUGUAAGAGAGAGUUCAUUUUCCUGCAGUGUUCAGAUUCAGAUAAAACUGUUGGAGAGAUUAUUGGAUGCUGUUGCAAUCUGCUCUUUCUAAAUCAAGUGAUGUUUUGGCUGGCUGGACAUUUGGAUGCAUAACUUUUAACUAUGAUUAUUAUGAAUCUGGGAGCCUUAAGAUAGAACGUCAUCAUUCAGAAGAUGAUCUUCUACUCAACUUAUCUAAAAAUACUCCCUAUGUAAUUUCUGGCAUUUUGUGCAUUCUCUCUGGAACCCUUAUUUAGAGAUCGUUUCUGGAACAUACAGCCUAGAAGGAAAACUUUGGAAUUGACUGAUUUCUGUGAUUUGGUGUAGAAAACUCCCCUUUGCAUGGUAUUAUCAUGUUCAAGCUCAGAUUCAUUGGGGCCUUAACUGAAUGUAUGUCAAUAGUUUACCUCCCAAUGUCCUAUCCUGUGAAAUGGGCUUCCUGCCUGUUUGUUUGUUUGUUUGUUUUUUCUCUCACAUUUUGAAAAUGGUGCCAUGUGUGUUCACAGGGAAUUCCCUUAUAAAAGGUUUUGGUUCUAGAUACAUUUUAUAGAUUUUGCCUUUUAUACCUUUUGAGACUAUGUAUUUAUAUAUGCAUAGACUGAAUAUUUAUUAGUGUACAGUCAGUGCUAGUGUUCAUGAUUAAAAUGUUAACAGAUAUCUCUUACCCUUUGUAAAGCACACAAAGUUAAAAGUUGGGUCCAGCAAAUAAAGCUGUAUGUUUUAAC